UACACAGACAAACACAGUUGUGAGCUACCACUCACUUCACUAGAAGCUUUGUUCCAUUCCAUUCUCUGUGGCAUUAUCAUCAUCUUCUUCAUUCUUCAUCUCAACCACAAUCCCAAAAAUGCAAGCCGCACUGGCAGCCAUGGCUGCCCAAACCAUCCUUCUCUCUCCUUCUCCUCUUUCCCAGUUCCCCUCAAGCCUUCACCACCCACCUCCUUUCCUCAGCUCCUCCACCUUCCAUGGCUCCUCCCUUAAGCUCACUCGCCAAUCCCUCACCCUCUCUGUCUCCGCCGCCACAGCUCCCAAACCUCUCACCGUCGUCGCCGCCACCAAGAAAGCCGUUGCCGUCCUCAAGGGCACCUCCGCUGUCGAAGGCGUCGUCACGUUGACCCAAGAAGACGAUGGUCCCACAACUGUGAAGGUUCGUGUUACUGGGCUUACUCCGGGGCCUCAUGGGUUCCACCUACAUGAGUUUGGUGACACAACAAAUGGGUGCAUCUCUACAGGGGCACAUUUCAAUCCUAAAAAUUUGACACAUGGUGCUCCUGAGGAUGAAGUCCGUCAUGCGGGUGACCUGGGAAACAUAAUUGCCAAUGUCGAUGGGGUGGCAGAGGCAACAAUUAUAGAUAAGCAGAUACCAUUAACUGGUCCUAAUGCAGUUGUUGGGAGAGCCCUCGUGGUUCAUGAGCUCGAGGAUGACCUUGGAAAGGGUGGACAUGAACUAAGUCUGACCACUGGAAACGCAGGUGGAAGAUUGGCUUGUGGCGUUGUUGGUUUGACUGUACCAGUGUAAUGGCAACUCUUGCUUUGAAAGCAGUUUGUUGUGUGGCAUUGCAUGCUUGCUUGCAUCAGUUUCUCUUAUAGAGCACAAUGUUAUUUCAAAGCUGAGGGUGUACUAUAUAAAUUAUGGAGACAGCCAGUAUUAGUCCUAAUAAUCCCAGAGAUUCACUGUGUUAAAAAAUAUUCCCUACCCAAUAAACUCGAGUUGUUUUGUUUGCCUAGUGAAUGUGGAGAACUUAUUGCUGAUGUUUGAAUGUGCAUUAGAGCUGUGUUCACAA